GGCACCGAGCCCCCCGCGGCGCCCGCCAUGGGCCCCUCCGCCUCGGAGCAGGACCUGGCCGGGCGCAAGCCCCCGCGCAGCCCCCGGCCGUCCAGCCGGCCCCGGCAGCGGGCAGCCGGACGACACAUCAUCCAGAUCGAGACCGCCGAGGACUGGACGGCCGAGGAGGGCUUCAGCACCAACGCGGACCCGCAGGCGCAGACGGCCAUGUCGCUGCCCUACGUCCCCAAGGCGCAGACGUCCUACGGCUUCGCCACGCUGGUGGAGAGCCCCCACACCCGGCGCAAAGAGUCGCUCUUCCACAGCGAGCACAGCAGCCUCUGCCCCUCGCCGGCCACCUCGCCCAGCGCCCAGCGCAGAGCCAAGCUCAACGGCGAGGGCAGGCCCCGGGCCCCCGCCGACCUGGGCGCAGCCCUCAUGCACCCCGGCCGGUACUUCAGCGGCGGCGAGAGCGACACGUGCUCCUCGGCCGAGUCCUCGCCCUUUGGCUCCCCGCUGCUCUCCCGCUCCGUCUCCCUGCUGAAGAUCUUCAGCCAGGAGAGCCAGUCCAAGGUCAUCAAGCUGAAGCACUCGGUGGCCCGCAACAGCUCCCUCUCCACCGACGACAGCUCUGCCGACACCAGCCCCAGCGCCCAGCGCCGCUCCAGGAGCGCCCCGGCCGGGGGGCAGCCCCCCGCCGCCCUCCUGCCCCUGGACCUGCCGCCGGGCCGUGACCGGGAGCACAGCCUGCGGCUGAGCCGGGGCGGCAGCCUGCGCCUGGCCGCUGAGUACGACCCCUCCAACGCCCGCCUGCGCGUGCGGCUCGUCUCCGCCGAGGACCUCUACGACGCCCUCGUCGACCUGCGCAGCAUCAACUGCUGCGUCUCGCUGUGCCUCAACCCCGGGAAGUUGCAGAAGCAGCGCAGCACCAUCGUCAAGAACAGCCGCAACCCCGUCUUCAACGAGGACUUCUUCUUUGAUGGGCUGGGCCCUGGCCAUGCCAGGAAGAUGUCUCUGAAGCUCAAGGUGGUCAACAAGGGCAGCAGCCUUAAGCGGGACACGCUGCUGGGGGAGAAGGAGCUGCCCCUCACUGCCCUCCUGUCCUGCCUGUAGGCACUUGCUGCCCCCCUGGGGGCUGGGGUGAGGGCAGGGGGGGGAAGCCAUGUCCCCCGGCCUCACUCAGGGGGGUUGGAAGGGCCCCUUGGAGGGGGGACGGGGCUGUGGCAGAGCAUGGGGGUCCUCAGGGGUGGCGCUGCCAGCACCAGCCCUCCUGCAGUGGGGCAGGCAGGGCCAGCAGCCGCAGCCUCUCCCCUCUGCUCCCUCCUGGGGCUGCAUCUCCUGGAGCACAGCAGAGAUCCACUGGCCCCAUCUCCACCGGGAAGGAUGGAUGUCACCUCCUGGGCUCUUCCCUCCCCAGUGCCCGUGGUCUCCAGCUGGCCAGCACAAAGGUUGGAGGUGGGUAGAUCUCUGUAGCAUUCUUUGUGCCACCGCUCUCAAAGUCCCAGCCCCUGGAGUCAGGUGAUAGCAUCAACCUCAGCUUUAACUUAAAAGACAAGUUUCUAGUCUUGGAAACUGCAGAGAAAAUACUGCAGAGGUGACCCAAGAGUGGGCCAAGGGAGGUGACCCCGGGGAUGAGUCAGGUUUGUGGGUUUUAAGCCUUUUCUGGGCUGUUCCCAGCCCUGCAGGACUGUGCAGAUGCACAAGUUGGCUUGGUCCGACCUGCAGCUCUCGGGACACCCCCCUGCCCACCCCCAGCAGUGUCCCCACUGCUCACCCCCUGCGGGACACAGGGCCUGGAGCUUCAGGGGUGUUGGGUUUGCUCAGGUCCAGGAGGAUCCCUUGCCCGUCCCCUGCCUGUGACAGGGAGGUGCUGGGGCUGGCACUGCCACGGGGGCGCCUGGCACCCCUCACCCUGGGCUCACGGGUGGUCCCAGGCAGUGUCCCAGCAGACGUGCUCGCUGACAAAGCUGGGGUGACAGGAGUAGCCCUCCCUGAGUGCUGGUGGCCUGGCUGGCACUAGGGACACCCCCAGGUGUUGCAGGGCAGGGGGGCAGGCUGUGGCUGAGGCCCCCCUGCCCUCGCCUAUGGCGGUCGGGAGCGGCUGCACCCACCGAGAGGAGGGACGAGCCCCGUGGGGCCACAAAACCCCUGUGUCCAGCGGAACCCGGCUCCCCAGGGGACUGGCCUGGCUCUGCAGUUUCCCUCGGGGGGGAGCGGGGUGCUCCCACCCUUCCCGUCCCUCCCUGCCAUCCCAGUCGAUGGCUGGUGGCACCGGCAGCGGGGAAAUGCCGGCCGGGGCACUUCCGCGGGGAUAAAACCACCGCCCUGUUGUUGUUUGGUGUGGUGUUACCCAUUGCAUCGGGCCCUGCAUGUUUCUGUGGAAGGGAGCGGGAUUCGCAGCGCUCCCGUCCCCGCCUGUUGCUGCACGCGUGGACACACGCGCACACACGUGUCCCUCUGUGUUAACCUCUGUCGGUGGCAGUUGAUGUUCCUUCCUUGUCCUUUGCAGCAGAUGGCAGAUUUCGGUGUUGGCUAUUUAUAUCUGAGGCUGAUCUUUCCCAGCGUGUUUUACUUCUGUCUGUAAAUAUGUUUCAGGUACGCGAGGCAUGGUUCUGAUAGCGCCGUGUUUGCAUGUCGGGGGGAUUUGGGGUGAUUGUGGCUGUUUGUCGAGCUUGUGGCUGAAAACAAACCGUGCAGGACGUAAGGAGCAGACAUGUCCCUCCUUCGUGGGGGAUUUCCCACCUGAGGCUUCUCACCGCUCCCCCGGGAGCCAACACGGGGGACGCUCCCAGCCCCUGAGCCCAGACUCACCCUGGGGGCAGGUGGGGGCUCUGGGGAGGGUGGGACGGGGCAAUGGGACACCUCCCUGGGCUGGGGGCAAACAUCCUGCCCCUGAGCAGACCUGGGGCAGGAAGGGGACCCUCCCCAGGGUGCUGUGGUUCCCCAGGGUGCUGCACGUGCAAGGGGCUGGUGGGGCCCAGGCAUUGCUGGGGGAGACCCAGCAGGCUGUGAGGGGAGGGGGAACAGGAGCUGGGCAAAGCUUUUGGUGCUUUAUGAGGGGGUUGGGGGGUGACACGUCCCCCACGGCAGAGCUAUGUGCCUUUGGGUUUGGGCAAGGGGGAUGCUGAGAGCAGGAUCCUGGGCUGCUGCUGGGAUGGGGGCUGGCCCUGGGGGGGACCCAAGAGCCUGGGGGUUUGUGCUGUCCCCCCUGCCUGUCCCAGGGCUGCCUUGCUGGAGUCAAGUGGUGUGUGGCUGCCCUCCAAGCCCUGGGAUGUGCUGCUGUGAGCCCCGCUCCCAAGGUGGGCAGGAGGGUGACGUGGGAGCUGGGACUGUGACCUGGCUGGGUCUUUUCUCUCCUGUAGCUCUUUUCUACUGUUCCUGCUUUUGAUAUUUCUGUGGCUGGAUUUAAUUAUGCAUUUUUGGAGUGAAAAAAUAUAUUAAUACCUGAAUGGAAUGUUU